CACACACACACUACACCGCUAGCCAGCUGAUAGUACAUACAACAAUAGUAGCACGGAGCGAGGCAAUGGUGUCUCUCUACCGAGGCCUGCUGCUGGUACUGAUGGCGCUUCUCCCAUCCGCCCAUGGAGCAGCAGCCAUGGCUAGAAGCAAAAUCUCCGCCGCUUUCAUGUUCGGCGAUUCGAUCGUCGAUCCCGGCAACAACAACGACCGGCUGACGGAGGCGAAGGCCAACUUCCCGCCGUACGGGCAGGACUUCCCCGGCGGGGUGGCCACCGGGAGGUUCUCCAACGGGAAGGUUCCAGGCGACAUGCUAGUUUCUAGGCUGGGAAUUAAGGAACUAUUACCACCCUACCUCGGAAAUGAUCUUCCACUAAGUGAGCUACUCACUGGUGUCGUCUUUGCUUCUGGUGGCAGUGGAUACGAUCCUCUAACUUCGAUACCCUCGGCUGCUACAUCAAGUACUGGGCAACUUGAACUAUUCCUUGAAUAUAAGGAGCGACUAAGAGCCUUAGUCGGAGAAGAGGAGAUGACACGUGUAAUCUCCGAAGGCAUAUACUUCACUGUCAUGGGGGCAAAUGACCUUGCAAAUAACUAUUUUACAAUUCCUUUGAGGCGCCAUCAAUAUGACCUUCCUUCUUAUGUGAAAUUUCUUGUCUCUUCUGCUGUCAACUUUACCAUGAAAUUAAAUGAAAUGGGUGCAAAGAAGAUUGCAUUAAUUGGCAUUGCACCAAUUGGAUGUUGUCCCUCGCAAAGAGAACUUGGAUCAAGAGAAUGUGAGCCCAUGAGGAAUCAAGCAGCAAAUCUGUUUAAUUCUGAAAUAGAAAAGGAAAUACAACGGCUAGAUGCAGAACAAAAUGUUCAAGGCUCGAAGUUUAUUUAUCUUGAUAUAUACUACAAUUUGCUUGAUCUCAUUCAACGAUCUGAUUUUUAUGGUUUCAAGGAGGUAAACGAAGGAUGUUGUGGUAGCACAAUGCUAAAUGUAGCAAUAUUCAUUAAAAAUCACCCUGCGUGCCCGAAUGCUUAUGAUUUCAUUUUCUGGGACAGCUUCCAUCCUACCGAAAAGGCCUACAACAUUGUGGUUGAUAAACUGUUUCAGCAAAAGAUGCAAUACCUGAUGUGAAGAAACUCACUCUCAAUAGGCGCAUGAACAAAUAUUAUUAGAAACUGCAAUUAGUUUGUUGGACAGUACUCACUGGCACUAUUAGGACUGCCUGGCCAUUCAUGCAAAUUUGUAUUGCUAGUGAAAGUCCGCUCCUUUCGAAAUGGGUAAAGACUAGAGGCUCGUGAAAUACAUAGGAAAUUCGUUUUGGUCGACUCGAAAAUGUAUCUCGAUAUAAAUUAUCGUGAAACUUAUUCAUGGGACACCAUCUGCGCCUCAAUUUUUGGUGGAUUUCAA